AGGAGGAACAUAAAAAGCUGUCACGCAGGAGCCUACACAGGGCGUGUCAUGUUAGAAUUUGAGAUGGAUGGUUUUGGCCAGAAACCAUCAUUUGAAUCCUUUGUUGCAAAAGUUCCUGAGGAAAAUAAAUCUAAAGAAGGAUUCACAACUGUGGGUGUGGCACUGUAUUUUUAUACAUACAAUUCCUGGAAGGGGCGGGCACUAUAUUUGGAUGUUUUGUAUGUGAUGACAGAAUUCAGAGGGUUUGGCAUUGGAAAAGGUUUACUGAGCAGAGUUGCUAAGGUGGCCAGAGAGAAGUCAUGUCAGAUCAUGGAGUUGAAUGUGUUGGGCCAUAACAGUCAAUCACGAGGCUUCUAUGCUGCUCAUGGAGCUCAGGAUAUCACCAUCAGGGAGGGCUGGCAUACACAACGUUUUGAGGAAGAAAGCCUGAACAAAUUAGCCCACAAUGCUCCCUGACGUUUAAUUUGGUAAUUACAAAAGUGUCUCGGGAAAAGGAAAAAAAAGAUCCACAAAUUAGUGAAAAUCCAUUUUGCUAGUGGUGGGCUGGUAGAAUGAUGUAAUAGCUGCUCCUAGGCCUUGAUGGCAUUAAGAUCUGCUUGUCAGAUCUUACUCAGGGGGACUGUGAGGUUCCACAAAGAAAAUACACUUGGUCUCUAUCUGAAUUUUCUAUUGAAACUAGAAAAGAGGAAUAAUGAAAUUACAUUACAUUACAUUGCUGGAGCCUAUCCCAGCUGUCUUUGGGGUACACCCUGGACUGGUCGCCAGCAGGGCAUAUAAAGACAAACAACCAUUCACACUCACAUUCAUACCUAUGGACAAUUUGAGUCAACAAUUAACCUCUACUCCAAACUCCACACAGAGAUGGCAGAGCGUGGAAUCCCAGCUGUGAGGCCUGUGCGCUAACCACUUGUGCGCCAUGCAGUCUGCAGAUUUAAUCAUUUACCACAAAAAGAUUCCCCCUGCUGACUUAUUUCUAUCUGUGAUUAAAUGUGAUUAAUCAUGAGUUAACCGCGGCCCAAAUGUGAUUAACAACUGAAUCAAUUGAUAGCCCUAAUAUAUACACGUAUGUAAGUGUAUUGUAUCUGUACUGAAGUUCCGAUUCCGAUAUCAACCGAUACCAAUAUGUGUAACUUUUGAG